AUGUUGGAGACCAGAGAUCAGCAGACAUUGCGUACUCUAGAAGUGAUCAAGCGAAUGCAAAAAGAGAACUGGCUGAUGAAACAAUGUUGCUAUCGGCCGAUGAGUGCUGAAUCUUCAAGUUAUGAUGCCAAGAAGAUACAUUUAAAGUCAUUUGUCAAAUGA